AUGGAUCCUCUCUCCGUCAUCGCCGGAGUGGUUGGGAUAUCCGGUGCUGCCAUCAAAGCCUCAGACACUUUAUUCGAAUUGGUUGAUAGCGUACGCAACGCUCCUGCUGAGAUCACGGCCAUAUCGAAGGACACUCACGCCUUUCGUGACGUUAUCUCAUCGUUGGAUAUAUCACUCAAGGAUCGAACGGUAACGUCCGUAAUCUCAGAAGACGAGAAUCUCACCGAGGCAAUACAAAAGCUUGAAAAGCCGCUCGCUAAUUGUCAAAACAUUCUCAAAGAAGUCGAUGGAAAGCUUCGAGCUCACCUCAAACCGACAUCGGGUGGUGGUUAUCGGGUGAGCAGCGUGGACGUAAAGUGGUAUUUUGUUAAGACUGGUGUCCAAGAUCUUGUUUCGAGACUAGAUUCGACGAAGCAGACUCUCGAUACACAAUUGAGCGUCAUCGUCCUGCUGUGCAAUUUACGCGCUGCAGGGCGAGCUGUAGACACAGUUCCCUCGGCAGAUACCCUGAUACCACAAAAGCAGAAUGACGUGGGCAAUGACGCAGGUUCAGCGUUGAAAGUUUACGCGGCUUCAAUAGCUCCUGGGUCCCCAUCUCUGCUUGACGCAAUGCAGGAUAAAUUGCAUUUAGAUGACUACGUCGUAGUCCCAUCAAGUGACAACCCAUCUCUAGGCCAUGAAGAAAAAUUGGAAAAUCCGCAAGAGCCAAAGUUGAGUCCUCUCGAGCGGCUUCAGAAGAAAGAAAACCAGAGAGCCGGGCUUCACAAUGCAGCAAAGAGUGGCGAUGACUUGGUCCUAGAGCUCAUGCUAGAGGAAGGGACACCAGUAGAUAUUCGGGCAUCAGACGGCAAGACUGCACUUCACUUAAUUGCGGAGCAUGGUAACGAGGCAGGUGCCAUCAUUUUGUUGGAUUAUGGGGCAGAUGUAGAUGCCACAACGAAUUCAUCUGGUAACAAUCAAGAGCGCAAGUAUAAUGGAGGUCGAACUCCCCUUCACAUAGCUGCUAAGUGCGGGCAUUUGAAGCUCGCAAUGCUCCUGGUAGGCCGUGGAGCGAACUUAGCAGCGAUGACCACUUCAGGACGUUCGGUGCUACAGGAGGCCAAUUUUGGUUCAAAUGUAGCUGUCGCACAUUACCUGAUCUCUGCUGGUGCACCUUUGUCGACAAAAGAUGAUGAAGAUUGGACAGCCCUACAUGAAGCGGCACUACAAGGGCUUACUGAAGUUGUGAAAACUUUGAUAGAAGAGAAAGGUCUAGAUGUCGACGUGCGCACUGCGGAUCACAACAUCUGGAAUUGGGGAGAAUUCAAGCUAGCUACACCUCUCCUGCUUGCAGUGGCCUAUGGGCAUCUUGAAACAAUGGCAUAUCUCCAUCGGAGUGGAGCAAACAUCGAAGCCGGAACGUUGGAAGGUGAUCAAGCUAUUCAUCUCGCAUGUUGGAAAGGCCACCUACCAAUCGUAAAAUAUCUAUUAGGAGUACACAUCGAUAUCGAGAUUCGAGAUUCCAAAUAUGACGAAACGCCUCUGAUCAAAGCCGCUUCCACCGGAAGGACGGAUGUCAUCUUGUAUCUGUUAAGACGCGGAGCUGAUACUAGAGCCAGGAACCUGGUUGAUCGUAACGCUCUACUCCACUGCCAAUUGCACCAGAAGGGUAAACACCCAGAGGCAGUCUACGCGCUCAAGAAAUGGAUGCAAGAGCAUGGUCAGGCGGAGGAAGUGAAGCAUAUGCUAUUGCCUGAAUAUCGAGACCCGCCUCCAAAAACUUCAAGUUAG